UUCUUUCAUUGACUGCCGCUCAUGCUGCUUCUUCUUCUCUCAAUGGACAUUUCAUGUCAUCUUUCUCCAUUCUUUAUAGUUAAUAUAUUUCCGCUUCAAUUACUUCUCCUCCUCCUCCUGCUUCUGCUAUUCUUCCACCGAAUUUGAGGGCUUGUCCACCAUGGGCAUCUGCUUCGGUUCACCUGCAAAGUUGGCUCAUGCUUCCUCUACCAACUUCUCUGGAAGUACCAGGACUGAUGUUGAGAUGAAGAAACAGUCUGCCUCUUCCGUCCAGGAAAUCUCUGCGGGAAGUUUGAGCAAAAGCUCCAUAACAUUCAAAGAUGAUACAACUGUAUCCAGUAGUCUCAAAUCUUUUAGCUUUGGUGAUCUUAAAAUUGCCUCCAAGAACUUCCGUGCAGAAAGUUUACUCGGAGAGGGAGGCUUUGGGUGUGUCUUCAAAGGAUGGAUUGAUGAACAUACACUUGCACCUACUAAACCAGGAAGUGGGAUUGUAGUGGCAAUCAAGCAACUCAAGGUCGAAAGCGAUCAAGGGCACAAGGAAUGGCUCGCAGAAGUUAACUAUCUUGGUCAGUUUCGCCACGAAAAUCUAGUAAAACUUAUUGGGUACUGCGCUGAGUCUGACAAUAGACUACUGGUCUAUGAAUUUAUGCCAAAGGGAAGUCUGGAGAAUCAUUUGUUCAGAAAGGGCGUUCAACCUAUUUCUUGGAAUAUCAGGAUGAAUAUAGCGAUUGAUGUUGCAAAGGGAUUAUCCUUCUUACAUAGCUUAGAUGCGAAUGUCAUCUACCGCGAUUUAAAGGCUUCAAACAUUCUUCUUGAUUCAGAUUACGAUGCGAAGCUUUCAGAUUUUGGCUUGGCAAGGGAUGGUCCUACUGGAGACAAUACUCAUGUCUCAACCAGAGUUAUCGGAACUCGAGGUUAUGCUGCACCGGAAUAUGUAGCGACAGGUCAUUUGACCCCUAAGAGCGAUGUGUACAGCUUUGGUGUUGUCUUGCUAGAGUUGCUCUCGGGAAGGCCGACAUUGGAUGUUGAUAGAGGUGCUGCAGAGGAAGCCCUGGUUGAUUGGGCAAAGCCAUUCCUAUUUGACAACAAACGAGUUUUAAGAAUCAUGGACACAAGGUUGGGGGGUCAGUACUCGAAGAAAGCGGCACAGGCUGCAGCUGCACUUGCAUUGCAGUGCCUCCACACGGAUCCAAAGAACAGGCCACCCAUGAUUGAGGUUCUAGCCACAUUGGAACGACUCCACACAUCAAGGGAUACACCAAGGACACCCACAAAUGCCAAGAUAGCCCAGCAGGGGGUUAAGCAUACGAGUAGUCCUCGCAAGCCUUCUAGACCAAUUGCAAACUCGGCAUGAUCCAUUAUUCAGGUUUGCCUCAUGCAGAUGCAUUUCCAUGCUGAACAUAGCUAGGUUAUACAGAUUUUCCAUACAAAAAAGGAAAUGUUGUUUUCCUCACUGGUGUUGCCUAGUAUGGAUAAUGAAAUUAUUUUACCAAUUUAUGAGUUUACUGUGUAUAUUAUAUAGAACAAAGAAGCAUUGCUUGGGAUGA